GGGUUAUUUUUACGCGGUAAUAGGGCCCUGUGAUUGCUCUAUUAACCUUUAGACCUGUCUAAGGGACUCUCCGGCUCGCAGCCCCGCUGCGCUGGGGCCUCUAGGCACUGACGCCGACUCCAAACUCCGGCUUGCCACCCUCCCCGACCGCGCUCUAGGGAGGGGGCUGAGGCCACUGGAAGAGCCCUCUCGGCUGAGAAGCCCCGCUGGACUGCCAAGUUCCCCAAGCCCCUGCUAAGGUCCUUGAGAUUGGUGCGGCAGCGCCGCAGGCUGCAGAGAAAACGGAAAGAUCUGAAGGGGGAGGCCACAGGAAAUGGGAAGUUUCGCCACGAAAGGUGCACCUUUUGCUUGAACACAGAAAACUCUGGGCAGGAGGAGCCUGCGCCUUGCGCACUCUCGAGGCUGCUGCGAAGGUGAAGCCGAGGCUUAGGUCUCCGUGCUGACUGGGGGAGGCCAAUCCCAAGUUUGGUGUCUCUCCACCUACCCAGAGUCUGGGGCUGGAAGGAUCCCCACCACCCACUCUGUACUAUCUGCCAGAGACCUGCACCCCCAGUGACCCAGCACCCCACACCCGAUCCCGGGUCGCACCCAAGAGGUCACCUUCUCCUCUAUCAGCCCCGCCCCUCGCCAACUGCGUCCGGGCCCCGGCUGAAACCGGACCACCAGGAGGCGUGAGGAGGGGGGAGGAGGUGAGAGAGAGAGGAGAAGACUUAUUAAUAAAGCUGACCCUGGGCAAAACCGCAAACCUAAUCGACCUCAGCCAAGACCGUGAGUGAAACCCUGCGCCAAGGCGGUAGCACUUUGGCAUUUUACUAGGAGAUCCCUGCGCCUGGACUUUGCCUGCUGGGGUAGAUUUUUGAACAGCCCCGCAGCCGGGCGCUCAGCGGCGGUGCAGCCGCCGCGGCGCACCCCCGCCCCCUGCCCUUGCACGUGACUCCCGCCGGCCAGUCAGCGCUGGCGAGCGGGAGCGCAGGGGUGAGGGGAGUCGCGCCGCAAGCAGGGGGACUCCGAGGCGGCCGGCUGGGAGGCUGCGAGAGCUCCGCCGCCGCCGAAGCUCCGGUGUCCCCAGAGGAGCGCGCGCCGGCCUCCGGGAAGCUCCAGCCGGGGCAGGACCGCGGCUGCAUCGCGGAGGAAAGGAGCCAGCCGGGCCCCUCGGCCUUGGAGCCAGCUUACCGCACCCUGCGCCCCAGGCCUGGGUGCCCUGAAAACGGCGGCGCCUCGCAGGGACCAGCCCGGCCCGCGUGAGACCGGCGGGAGCCCCACACCCACGCCCAGGCGCUUCCCUCCGUCUCCGGGACCUCCAGGCCCUGCAGUGGAUUCGGCUCUUCCUUCACCACCCCUGGGAACGACCACAAAUUCAAUUUGGGAUUUUUCUGAGUAAACCCGAGCUUAGACGCUUUUGCUGGAUUUAUUUAAUACGUACAUAUUUUUUGAAGGAUUUGUGGUUUUUUACCUUUGAUUUUUGAUCUUCGUUUUUGUGACAGCCCCUCGCCUGUACAUUAUUAUUCGUAUUUAUAUUUUUUUGUUAUUAUUUUCUUUCCCCGCCUUGCUUCUUGGCCCGAGGACUCGGACGCUGCGAGCGCGCGGGGCGAUGUACCAGAGCCUGGCCAUGGCCGCCAACCACGGCCCGCCUCCGGGGCCCUAUGAGGCGGGCGGCCCGGGCCCCUUCAUGCACAGCGCAGGCGCCGCGUCCUCGCCCGUCUACGUGCCCACGCCGCGCGUGCCCUCCUCUGUGCUCGGCCUGUCCUACCUCCAGGGCGGAGGCGGGGGCGCCGCGGCCGGGGCCGCCUCGGGCGGCAGCUCCAGUGCCGCGCCGUCGGGCGCUGGGCCCGGGACCCAGCAGGGCAGCCCGGGCUGGAGCCAGGCGGGAGCCGAGGGAGCCGCUUACACCCCGCCGCCCGUGUCGCCGCGCUUCUCCUUCCCGGGCACCACCGGGUCCUUGGCCGCCGCCGCCGCCGCCGCCGCGGCCCGGGAAGCCGCGGCCUACAGCAGUGGCGGCGGGGCGGCGGGCGCGGGCCUGGCGGGCCGCGAGCAGUAUGGGCGAGCCGGCUUCGCGGGCUCCUACUCCAGCCCCUACCCCGCCUACAUGGCCGACGUGGGAGCGUCUUGGGCCGCGGCCGCCGCCGCCUCCGCCGGUCCCUUCGACAGCCCGGUCCUGCACAGCCUGCCCGGCCGGGCCAACCCCGCCGCCCGACACCCUAAUCUCGUAGAUAUGUUUGAUGACUUCUCGGAAGGCAGAGAGUGUGUCAACUGCGGGGCCAUGUCCACCCCGCUGUGGCGGCGGGACGGGACCGGCCACUACCUGUGCAACGCCUGCGGCCUCUACCACAAGAUGAAUGGCAUCAACCGGCCCCUCAUCAAGCCCCAGCGCCGCCUGUCUGCCUCCCGCCGAGUGGGCCUCUCCUGUGCCAACUGCCAGACCACCACCACCACGCUGUGGCGCCGCAACGCUGAGGGCGAGCCCGUGUGCAAUGCCUGUGGCCUCUACAUGAAGCUCCAUGGUGUCCCCAGGCCUCUUGCAAUGCGGAAAGAGGGGAUUCAAACCAGAAAACGGAAGCCCAAGAACCUUAACAAAUCGAAGACGUCAGCAGGUCCCUCGGGCAGUGAGAGCCUCCCUCCCACCACCAGCGCUUCCAGCAACUCCAGCAGUGUGGCCACCAGCAGCAGCGAAGAGAUGCGUCCCAUCAAGACAGAGCCCGGGCUGUCGGCCCACUACGGGCAUGGCAGCUCUCUGUCCCAGACCUUCUCAGUUAGUGCCAUGUCUGGCCACGGGCCCUCCAUCCACCCGGUCCUCUCGGCCCUGAAGCUCUCCCCGCAAGGCUACGCAUCUUCGGUCAGCCAGUCACCGCAGGCCAGCUCUAAGCAGGACCCUUGGAACAGCCUGGCCCUGGCUGACAGUCAUGGGGACAUAAUCACUGCAUAAUGUCACCUCCUUCCCUCCUCAGAUUCCUGCAUGGACUUGGGACUCGGAGGACAGCCAAGAGGAGGCUCUGAGCUCCCGGGGGCUAGCCUGCUCUGUCUGGGCCUGACUCCAGACAACCGGGAAGAAACUUGAAGUCGAUGAUUUGGUUAGGGGAGUAGGUGCUGGAUUUUAUGGGAUACUUUUAAAGCUGGGGGACUGGAGAGUGCCUCCCCGCCCCCCUUUGCUGGGAGCUCACCUCAGGCCUUUCCAGUGAGGUGGAGACUUCUUUCUCAUUUUCUGCCCCUGGUCGGGAGAGGAGAGGGCCUUCUCCCCUGACUUUCCAGUGCAGUGCCCAAGCUGGUGGUCUUCCCCACCCCUGGGAUCUGAGAGCAGGCACAGGGCACAGGGCACAGGGUCCUGGGCCCCGCUCCGGCCUGAAUCAGGGCACCUCUCUGACAAGCGUUUGGAUGCGUGGGCCUCUGGGAGGCUCCUGCCCUGGCCCAACACUCCUCCUCGGGCUCGGCACACCCCGCACCUCUAAUACUGAAUCUUGACUCCAAACCUGCCAGUGGUAGGGCCAGUGUUACCGGACACUCAGUGAGGAGAUGGAGGAAGGGGACCCCCUUUCCCACCACAGAGUGGCUUCCGCAGCCUGGCAACCUCACCUCCUUGCAAGUUCCUUCCGUGGCUAAAAUCGCUCCACUGCUCUCAGUGGUCAGCUCUGCCUACAGUUUGAACAUGUCUCUCCCUGGCAAAACAGGAGUUCGGCCCUUCAGCCAAACGGAAGCCCCCCCAAGCCUGCCCGCUCCCAGCCCUUCUUCUACCCCAUCAGCCCUGGGGGUCCGGAGUGAGAACAAAAAAGGUUCUGCUGCUAAAGCCAGUUUGAGUAGCAUUCAUCUAAGACUUGAGAUCCUUCUGGAGAGGAUAUGCAGUGGACCUUCCCCUGGGCUGGGGCCUCCUGUGCGGGGGCGGGGUUUUCAGCUUGGAUCUCGAGGAUGCGCCCUCCUUUAGUGGAGACUUGUCUGUAGUGCAGGCAGCAGGCUGCAGCCCCUGCACCCAGGCCUACCUUCAGCAGAAAUCUUUUGUCCUGGAGUUUUCAGCAUAAAUUCAGAUGAACACAGCACAACUCAUGGAAGAAAGAUGAGUGAUGAGAAGAGACCCCGAGGGUGGGUCCUAUCCUCACAGCUUGGGAAUUGGCCUCCUCUCCAAGUUGCUGUUUCUAUUCUCAACGCUGGGCUCAUGAAGACGCUCGCUUCUGCGUCCUGGUUGCCAACCGAGUGUAGCUGCCCGGCUUUCCUCUGUGCUACUCCAAACACCCAGCCCCUACCCAAAUCCUCCCGGCUGUAGCAGAGUAUCUUUAAACCCAGGUUCUGUUUUAAUCAUCAUUUACAUUGCUUUCUUCUGUGAAAGCCCCCCUCAUAUACUGUCCCUAACCCACAAACCUGCUAACAUUGUCUUAAGGUGAAAUGGCUGUAAAAUCAGUAUUUAACUAAUAAAUUUAUCUGUAUUCCUCUGCCUUUUCUCCUCCUCCCUCUGAGGUCUUUUCCUGGGAGGUUGGCUGCUGCUCUUUGCAAGGUAGUCCUGAGCCACUGAGGGCCCUUUGCCAAGCUGCUCCAGGCUGCAUCUGAAUCACUUCUCCAUUCCUAUUGGCAGUUAGCCCAGACUUCCUCCAUAUGUGAUGGGGGCUAGUGACAAAGACACACAUCCCAGUCCUGGUACUGACUAGUGUGUGACCUUGACAGGUAACCUCUAGGUUUGGUUUCCUAGGAGAGGACUGGACCAGCCUUUUAAAGUUCCUGUGGCCCAGAAGUUGCCACCCAACAAAGGGGUGCACUUUUAGAGCUCCCCUUGGGGAUACCAGUGGUUGGAGCAUGAGGCAGAGCUUCAGAGCAGUGGUCUCUCCUGCCCACCUGGAUAAGAUGUGCACUGGAGAGUCAUGCAGACUGGUCCCACCAUCAUCUCCUUUAGGGUUUGAUCCAAACAAGCGGCUAGAAGGCCGGGUAGCACUCCACCCCAGUGGGAAAAGAGGUGAAAACUUACCCUAUGUCCAUUUUGUCCUCACUUCCUUAGGCUACAGAACUGCUUAGUUGCCUUAUCUUAAAAGUGGGCUGGGGUUGGGGGGAGUGGUCCUAAGGCGUGUGGAAUGGGACCCAGACAAGCAAGUUCAUCCCCACUCAGAAUUACUGGCAAUAGCUUCCUGCCUCUCAUCUGGCCUAUGCCAAACCCAGGGGGCAACUGUGGCCUUUGACCUUUCACAACACCCUUUUUAUUUUCGAAUGCAGAAGGGAAAAAAACCCUAUAAUAACCAUUCUUCUGUGUAAAAUCUUAAAAGGCUUUAAAGUGGCUAAGAAAUAGCCAAACCUAUUCAACGCAGCUACCAUCAAGAAGGAUGAGUAACUGAUAAUUCUAGCAACUAAGAGUAACAAAAGAGAUUCAAAAAGAAAAAUAAAACCUACCAAGAUUUA